AUGGGAAACCGAAGCUCGUCGCACUACCCGCCUCCUCCGCAUUGGAUGCAUCAGAGGACAUCAUAUUCAACGACCACAUCCCCCUAUCCAGAAUCGAAACAAAGACCAAUUGCUCCCGGAGCAUUCGCUGAACCAUACAUGCUACACAAUCCACACCAUCCACAAUCGAAAGCACAAAUGAGACGGUCAAUGAUUUCUUUAAAUGCAGAUUCUGGAUAUAUGGGCGGCCCGGAUUCAGAGAGGUUAGGACAGAUGAGAGGGUCAAGAAUGUCAUUGAAUCAAGUGGAUUUCGAGCCAGCAAUGAUGCCCCCUCCUAGAAUUCUGAUUCCACAUGAUGCGAAGACGUUGAAAAAGUUGGAGAAAAUGGAGAAGAAGCAUCAGAAGUUGAUGAAGAAGUUGGGAGCAAGAGGAAUUCCUAUUCAGAUGCCAGUUCCACCACCUCUGCCAAUGCAUCCAAUGUAUUCGAGAGCAAUGAGUUUUGAUGAUUUACACAGAAUGCAUGAAGCUCCAGAAAUCGACGUUCGAAUGCGUCAACGUGAUUGGAGAGCUACAGAAGAACGACGAGGGUUACCGACGAGACGAGAGACGCAGAGUCAGUAUGUGAAGCAUAAUUACUCAAGCACAAACCGUCGAACCGAACUGAACGGUUCGCUGGCUUCAUCGUCCCCAAUGACAUCGUCAGAAGAAGGUGGACAUUCUUCAGAUCCAUGGAAUACAUCAAGCAUUUCUUCAGGAAAACGAGACAUUAUCUCUCCACCAAUGUACAGUAGCACUCCACAUCAUCAUAAUCAUCAACAAAUUCGUCAGGUCACUUCUCCACAACCGCCAGUCACGAAAACGAUCGAAGUAAAAGUGGAAAGAAGUGAAAAAGUGGAACAACAAGUGUCCGAACCGCCGAAGGCUCCAUCAACCCAGACCACAUCUUCUACUUCUUCUCGAAUCCAACAUCAUCACCACGUCGCACCAAACUCGAAUGCCACGUAUGCACAGCCAAUCAUUCGUGGACAACCUUCAUACGGAUCGAGAUCUUCUUCGAUUGCCACGUCACAAAUGAGAUGUGAUCAAUCGGAAAUCGAUUUCUCAUGGGUGAAUGAAGAAGAGGAUAAACUGAAAAGAGAAUCAAAAAGGAUAGAUAGCCUUCCAGAAUUCUAUUUCGGAAUGGAUCCACCUCCAGUUGGCUCAAAUGAUGAGAAAGAGAACGAAGAAGAGAAGAGACGCAGACGAAAAAGUAGCGUUCUGGAAAAAACGGCUGCUUUCGAGAUUGAAGCAAGACGAAAUGAUAGGAAAGAACCAACAUUUCUCUCUCGUUCGAGCCAUCAACUUCUAACGACUUCUGAAAUCCCACCAGCUGAUUAUUCACCACUUUCGAUUCAUACGAAAGAAAUGGGCGGUCCCGCUGAACGAAGAAUUUAUCGGAUUCAGAAACAGCAACAACAGCAUCAAUCUUCAGAUGACCGUCGUUACCGUAGCAGCAUCGCAUUCUGA